UACUUCAUGUGGGCUAGUGCAUCUGCUAAUCUAUGGUGCUAAGUUACGGGGUUGUCAGGGCCAAAACGUAAUGCUCCCCGCACAGCAAAGGACCACAGCGAGAAAUAACAACUCUACAUAUUUAUACAGUGCAGACAUCAGAGGUUUGUGAACUGAGUCUUUAAAAAUAAUGUGUUUAAAUCAAGUUCUGACAGUUCUGUUGCAGUAGCAGCAGGUGUAAACCACUCUGAUCAGAGUCUGUUUCGGUUUCAGUUCACCGGAAAUUAUGAAGGCAGUUCCUCAGACAGCAUUUACAUAGGCAACGCUCUUACUGCAGGCACAUUGUAGUUGAACAACUUUAAUGUUCAUUCUUAUUUUCCAGUCAGUGAAAUAGGUCUAUGUGGAUGCAGACUGUGCCCUCAUACACACUGAAGCAUGACUCUUGCCCUUCAUGAGCUUCUGGUCUGCUGCAGGGGAUUGGAGAAUGACAAAGUCACCGAGAGGAAGGUAGUCAUGUAUUAAAAUACUCUGAUGGUCUAGCUACUGCAAUAUUCUCUUCAGUAUGUGCUCUGUAAAUCCUGUCCUGUAACAGUUGUGUCCUCUCUCCACACCUCAGAAAGAAGUUGAACGCUUCAGGCGGAUAAUAAGAACUCCAGAGGUUGUGCAGGAGCUGGAUCGCACCUCUGGAAAGAAAGAUAAAGGAUCCAAGCAACUCACAUGGGAUGCUGUUUUCAGGUAGACGACUAUGCAUGUUUUUAUUGUUUUACAAGUCCCCAAAACUCAAACAAAAAUCCUUCAUUCCAGUUUGAGUCGUAAAAUAACAGUAUUGUUAAAUGCACAUAUUGGGGCAUCCUCACCCAACCAUGGAGUUUGUUGUUCAUAAUUUGCCCUCCAUAACAAUGGACCUGUUGAAUGUUUUGCCUCCUUCCCAAUUUAGUUUCAAUCAAAAUCAUUUUAAAAUCCUUUUUAGACCUAGUUAGUGACAUGAUCAAAAAAUACUCAUAUAAAGGAGCUUCUAUAAGAGGAGCAGUCAGUGGAGACUGUAAACCUGCAAAGCGCAGGACAGGCCAGUCUUCCUUCUCAUUCAAAGGUCCACAGUUCGGAAUAUAUCACCAUCAGAAAUGAAAUCAUUAAAGGACCCCAAAGCCUUCAAUAUUAAUAUCAAAACAAAAUUAUGGCUGAAGCAAAGACAAAUCUGUGAACACUAACUUACAUAUACGUAUGUUAUGGCAUGUAUGUGUGUCUAUGUAUCUGUAUCUAUGUGUGUGCGUCUGUAUGUAUGUAUGUAUAUGUAAGUCUCUGGAUUUUUGUGCAUCGAAGAAACUGCUUGUUCUGUCUGCUUUCUUGUUGUUUUUUAUGCAAACAUAUGAUUGUCUGUCUGCACCUGCUAUAAUGUAAGAUUUUAUGUAGUGGUUUAUGUAUUAUGUGCUGUAUUUUCCGCUGUCUAACCAGGGACAAGGACAGCAAAUUAGCCACGUCUGGAAGUCCUGCAUACACAGCAUUGGUUGCUAUAUAAUAAGAUGCAACAAUGCCUGAUGUACUGUCCCUGUCAAAUAAACAAAUAAUUAAAAAAAAUUGCAGGAAUAACAGAUUUGCCAAAGUUGGUCGCACAAAAGUUUUGUAAUUGAAUAUUGUGCAUGUAAAUUCAACAUUAAAAAUCAACUAAUUACUGAGACACUUGAUUGUCUUUGGCUAAGCCAAAACAAGUCGUCUGAAUUGAAACAUUUUUGUUUUUACAUCAGAUUCCUGCAGCAUUAUGUCCAGAAGGAGACGGAAAGCAUGCAAUCCAGUAAAUCCAAUGUUUCCGCAAAUACAGUGGCGAUGCGUAAGAAGAAGAUGGCUGAUGUGUGCAGCUUGAUCAAAUACUUCAUACGCUAUGCAAACAAACGUAAGAGCGUUGUCUUUACUAGAUCAAAAUAUUGAAAGACAAGAACAGCUUUAAGCUUAAUGCUUUAACUAUUGAUUAUUAUGUUACAGUCACAUGUUUAAAUCAUAUACUGUACGUUGUAACCUUUUCUGACACAUUCACCAGAGCAGAAAGAUGCAAAAAUUUUGAGUUAGUAAUUUGAACAUCAUGCUGAUACUGUUUUUUUUUUGUGUGCAGGUGGACCUUAUCUUAAGUGUAGUGAGCUGCUGAAACAUGUGAUGGAUGUCCUGCAGAAUUCAUACAGCUGUUCAGCCUAUGGAGAAGAUUACAGCAGCAUUUUAUUGAAGGAUAUCCUCUCUGUUCGCAAGUACUGGUGUGACAUCACUCCACAGCAGUGGAACAGUCAGUGUGAUAUCAAUCUAAAUGAUAUAACAGUUUCAGGAAAAUACCAUAAAUAAUAAAGUACUCUUACUUUUGUUCUCUUAGUGCUGUCAUAUGAGGAUGUAACACCAUCCUGUCUUAGCUGACUGCAUUUUUGUUCUGUUUUUGUUUCUCUCAAUAUUGUGACUCUCAGGUCUUUUGGAACUGUACUGUGGCUUUUUCAACUCCUCAUCCAAACCUAUUAACCGUGUGUUGGUGAGCAGAGUCAUCCACGCCUUGGUACAGGGCUACAGCAUGCAGACUGAUGGAUUCAAUAACCUUCUGUUUAGCUUUUUCUCCAAAGUACUGCUAAAUGCCAGGUGAUGACUUCUACUGCCAGUAUCCAGUUUGUUGUGAAUAUGACAUAUACCGGUUGAAUUAAAACAUAAAAACACAGUUCACUCUUUUUCUUACUUCAUGAUUCGUUAGGCAGGAGAAACACCUGGCUGUUUUGGAGCACCUCAUCUCAGCUCUUAACGUCUUCUCAAGAUCUGCUGCGUUGAACUGUCGGAUGAAGGUGUGUCAACUCGGAGAGGAGCUUUUGCCUUCCAUACUGAACGUUUGGGCGGACAUGAGGCCCAGUGUGGCUCUCAAAGAGGAGAUUGUGGAGUUCUUUAACCUGCAAAUUCAUGUGCAUCACCCCAAAGGAGCCAAGACACAGGACACAGGUAGCAAGACCUUCAGCCUCAAGUAACCAAUAAUGCACAAAGAUGGAUUACAUAUCUAGACAGUCUUUAGUUCAAAUGUGCUGAUUCAAGAGAGGACACAGCUAUCACAGAACAGGAUUUAUAUUUAUACAGCACUUACUGAAAUACCUCUAAAUGAAGUCUCCGAAUUAAUGGGAUAUUCCGCCAUGAAAUUAAUAUAGGGUCAAACACCAUAACACCGAGCUAGACACCCCCUGGAGAGAUGAAUGUUGCCGACCGCUUGCUUCUCUAGUUAUACCAACUUAAGUAAGGACCGCACGAUAGCAAUACACAGCAGUCUGAGGAGCCAUAAUCAAACCUCAACCAUAAAGCCACUCUAUAGCCACAAAAAAUGCUCAGAACAGCAUCUAACUUCAUCAACAAUACGUAUAGGGUCCUAGCUUUGCCUGAUUUCUUUAGCAAAGAGACUAAACACGACUCACCUACUCUCUUCCAGCAGCUGCUUGUUUGCAGCGAGACCUCAGGGCAGUCCAUUACGGACUGCUGUGGGUUGCCACAGCUCAAGGAAGAACAUUUAUGAUCAUUUCUUCAUGGAGAUGCAGUCAGACCAAGACACUAAGGCAAAAGAACUACAGCAUCUGUAAUGCAAAAUGAUUAAUAUGGUGAUUAUUACAGAACUGAAGUUGGUAUAACUAGAGAAGCAAGCAUUCGGCAACAUUCAUCUCUUGAGGGGGUAUCUAACUCGGUGUUAUGGUGUGUUUGACCCUAAAUUAAUUUUACGCUGGAAUAUCCCUUUAAGCACUUAAAAACCAAUGGUUGAUAUCAAAGUCUUUUUUGUGUUUGAUGUUUCAAAAGUUAAACUUUUAAAGCACAUAGGUCCAUAAGCUACAAACCAAUGACCUGUUCUUUCUUAUAUAUCUUAGGUGCUCAUGCUGAGGACUGGGUGAAAUGGCAGAGUUUGCUUUACAACCUUUAUGAUGCCCUGAUCAGAGAAAUCAGCCAAAUAGGCAGCAGAGGGAAAUAUGUGACAGGAACACGGCACAUCGCUGUCAAAGACAAUCUCAUUGAGCUCACAGCUGACAUUUGUCACCAGGUAAUGGAGAUCAAGUCUUAAGUACAGAGUUUUUGUUUCAUGUAACUAUAUUACCAACUUGAAGUAAUUAGACUAUUCAAAGCUGAAUGUAUCAAAAAGAGUAACAACUUGAUUUGAUUCAAUAUAGCUGCUCAGAGAUGAAACUGUCCCUGAUGUCAUGGAGGUGACCCAGAACUCCCUCAGAGCCACACUUAGUCCUACACAUGGAGCAGCUGCCAAGCGACGGCGUGUUGAACUGGGUUGGAGGGUCCUUAGGGACUAUCUGCAGCCUCAUCAUAAUGACUUUGAUGUCAUACCGUGGUAUGAAAAUCUGAAUUGAUAUCAAAACAUUCGCAGGCGAACAACAUAGUAAAGAGUCCAAUCUAAAAAAAGAUAUAUUAUUUUUUUACGUUUGAAAGUAGAAAGAGAAAAUAUCCUGUUUAUAUAAAGAUUUUUGAUUAAAUAUCAUUUAUUCAAACACUUUUCUCGACAGGCUGCAGAUAACCUCAGUGCUCACCUUUAAGUAUCCGUCCAUGGUGCCCAGCCAGGAGCUGGUCCCGCUGCUGUCGGUGUUGUACCAGCUCCUGGCAGAGCACCGUAAAGGGGAGAGAGGACUGUACGUGCUGCGCUGUUUAAAGGAUCUGGCCCGUUGUCAGGCUCGUAACCCAGAGAGGGCUGAAGAACACAGGACAGAAUUAAGCAGGCUGUGGGGUCGGGUAUGGGCCCUUGCACUGCGAGGGGUCAGUUCACCCCAGACAGAGGUCCACAGCCUAGACCUGCUCAGCUCCAUCGUCCAUGGAGGGCUGAUUAAUGUGGACAGAGAAUUCUGGAAGCUCUACUCGGGUUCAGCACUUAAACCCUCUCAGUGAGUGUCUCACAAAUCUCAGUGAUUAACUACUCCAUGUUUAUGAUGAAAAUGUGUCGUCGCAUUCACUCGCUUUUUUUUUUUCCACACAGGAGUGCCGCUCUCUGUCUAGCUCAAGCACUGCUGAAGUUCCCGGUUCCUAAAAGACUGAUCUCGGGUUCAAUCCCAGAGAACGGGGGAGUCACAGAUGGCUUCGCAUCACCUACUCUAAAGGAGACUCUCACAGCCUGGUUGCUGAUGACAGACCAGAGUAAUGAGAUGGAGGACAGCUCCAGACCCCACCCCAUCAUUAGCGGGUUUGUACUGUAUUGCCUCUUCACGUGAAUGCCAUUUAUCUGACUUGACUCUACUUUUUUUUUCACUUAUUUGGUAUUUGUUAAAUUUGUGUUUUAUGUUUUGUUUUAGCCUAAAAAUUCCUUUUUGAAUUCUGUAUCAAGAUAUCAUAAAUUCUCUUUGGUUGAAAGAAGAAGCCCUGUAAUUAAAUGUUUUGUUGUGUUUGCAGAGAGUUUCCUCAUAUUCUGAUGGCAAACAUCCUGGUUUCUCUGACUCUGAAAGACACAAGAAGUGGCUUAAAGUUUCUGCUGGGCUCUGAUGGAGAAGAAAGGUGAGGGGAAUGAACCUGAGUCCAACAAAAACCACCCACCGUAAAAUCAUUGUUCAUUCUUAUAACCCUUUAUUACCCCCGAUCUCCUUUUUUGUCCUAUCACAAAUACACAUCCUGAUAUUUUAAAUAUUAAAAGUCAUUUUAUGUCGGUUUCUGUUUUUUCUGUACAUAAUAAUUUAUUCUGAAGAUUAAAUUAUCAAAUUUUCUGCCGUUUUAAGUUCUAUUUUCCAAGAGAAACCUUCACUGGACACCAAAGACAAUUUGAAGGAGAUUGAAAAGCUGUACCUGCAGUUUAGCUUCAACCUGCCGAACUCUGCCACACAAGAGACCAAGAGCUCAGAGGAGGUGCCUUUGACCGACAGCCAGUUCGCCAUCAUCCCCAGCCUCAGAAACAAAUUGGAACAAUCACUGCUCAAUGUCGCCGACAAUCUCCUCAACUGCUACUCUCCUGAUGUAAGAGGAGUACUUUGCUUACUUAUCUGUGUUGUUGUGCAGAAAAUAAUGGAAAUCAUUCUGAUUCUCUGUCAAUUCAGUCUCAGUCCAUCCCACCGGAGUGUUUGGUGCGCUGUUCCAGUCUGCUAACCGGGGUUCUGGCAGGUUAUGUCCUCACUGAGUGUCUGACUGAGGAGGAGGCCUGCCGCUCACAGCUCUUCAUUAAAGCCAAAGUAUUACGCUUAUACGUCUUUAUUUAUAAAAUUAAAUUUGUAGUCGUUCAUCACUCAAUGGUUUGGUGAUUGAUCAUCUGAGGUGUGUUGUUCUUGUGUCACCAGGCUCUGGCCCAGGAACUCAGCGGGUUUGUUUCUGGUGUGAAAGUGAAAAUUACAGAGGAAGGAACAAUGAGCGCACUACAGUCCAUCAUGAAACUCUGCACACAGUACGCCUGCAGAAAAAGCAAGGUGACAAAAGCAACCGUCAUGACGAUGUCCAAAAUAUAGCAACAGCACAUUAGUUUAUAUAGAUAAAGUCACAUGAAAAAAAUCCAGUCAACUCUUGUCAUGUUUUUGCAGGAUGUUUGUCCUGUUGCCUCCACGCUGUUCAUUAUGAUUCUGCCAGGCAGUCUCCUCAGUGAUCUGGCAGAAAUCUGCAAAAUGUUGGUAAGGAGCACUUACAGUUUAUUGCAAAAAUAAGAUUUCUUUGUUGUCCAAAGAGAAAAUGUCGAAUUAAUCUCAUUACUUCUCCUUUUUAGUUGAAUAGUGCUUCUAAAAGAGUGAGUGUUGUGGAAGAAGACAGUCAUCUAGACGCUGACUGGGAGGAGACCAGAACCCAACAAGGGGAUGGCAUUGACCUGUUUGAAGACAGUGAGGAGUCUCACAGCAGUGCCUCAGGGACCCAAAGACAGAGGGGAGAUAACAGUGACAAUACCUGUCGGCCAGGUGAUGAACCUGUCAAUCUAUUAAUCAGUUUUGGUUGUAAAAGUAGGAGUUAGUUGUCAUCUCAUGAAACUUCACACAAAGAGCAGAUCUUGACGCAAAACCAAACUAAUCUGUUGGCAGCCACCUGCUGGGAACAGAAGUGGUCACUUGCGCUCUAAGUGAAAGAAAUUAUGUUCAUUUUUAGAGACAUAGGUUUAGCACAAAUUUGACCUUUUUAAAACAGAAUUUACUGAUGUUGAUUUUGUGACAUUUCAAGCCAAAAUUGGAGAAAAUAUUACAAGCCACUUUUCCACCUUUCUACUGAUGUUCAGGUAGGGCUGGGCGAUCUGGCUUCAAAUCAAUAUCACGAUAUAUUGAGCAGUUCACCUUGAUAAUGAUAAAUGGACGAUAACUACUCCACAAGCUGCUCACCCCCUUCCACAUGAACUUUGUCUCCUUCAGCCGCCGCUACAACUUUUGAACCGUCCUCCAUCUCCUCACCUGUCUUUCCCUCUUUGUUACGGACUGGAUGGGGUGGAGUCACGUUUUUGAUGCAGGACACUGUCUUAAAGGGACAUGAGACCACAGCCUACCUACACACAUCCAAAACCAACUUUUAUUUGUUUUUUUUGACACCAAAUAUACCAAUAUGGGCAAAAUGACGUUGGUUAUUGUCGUAAAUUUCGGUAUCGAUAAAUUUACGGUUUAUCCCCCAGCCCUAUGUUCAGUUCAGUUCAUCCUAAAUAAAGAGCAGAUUUUUUUUCAGGCAUGUUUCAGCUACAACAAUGUCUUUGAUGACUUUAUGUUGCACUUCUGUACACCAGGUGCAAGAAGUCUGUUAGCAGAUGAUCAUCUGGCCCACCAGGACCUGGCUCUCCUUGCAGUUUUGGAGUUUGUGUGUGAGUGUGGCUCCGUCCAGCCCGUCCACGGUCUACUCUUCAAACCACAGGAGGUGCGGCGCUGGCUGUUGCAGCUGGCGGAGCAGAUUGACUUUGGCAAAGCCACGCACCUCAACAUGGUGAGUGUAGUAGCUGCUGAAGUGAAGAGUGGUGAAUGUACAGGCGAUGAGGUCCAGCGGAUAAAUGUUUAUAUUGUACAUGGUUCUUUUUCAGUAUUUGCUUCUUCUAAAGAAGCUGCCUGCGGGGAACUCACUGUCUCCUGAGGAAUUUGACUCUCUACUUCGUCCUCUGGCGUAGGGAAAUCUGGUUUAAUUUAGAAACUGACACGUAAUACGAAUAGCAUGCUGCUAAUUCAUUUUCAUUAAUCUUUUUUUUUUCUUACGAUUUAAUGAGUCUAUUCUGCUGUAUUCUCAGGGAUGUAUGUUCUCAGUACCGACUGGACCAGGAGGUCUGUGCUGCUGUCCUACUGGAUUUAUUGCCCUCUAUAAAGAGCCUGGGGGAAACCCACCACACACCAGAGGACAUGAGACAUGUUCAGGGAUCUUUACUGCAAGUGGUGUCUGGAUUCUGGUUAGUGACACAUGUUUGUGAACUGGUUGCGUAAGUCUUAUACUCCUGUUCCCAGCGAGGUCACACCUAGCUGUGUGCAGUGUGUAAGUUGUGUGUAACUCAGCUCUUGCUACUGAUUCAAAACUACUUGCUUUGUUUCAGUAUUCUGAGCCAAACAGGAAAAUGCAUCGCAACUGUACGAAUGGCUGUGGUGAGAUGUCUUAUCGCUCUGCUGGAGGUAAAGUCUCACCUGUUGAAUUCAUCUAAACAUCACUGGAAUCUAAUAUCUGAUUUUGGGAGAAAAAAAAAAAGUAUUCAGGAUGGAUUUCUUAUUUUUGGCUGGCAAGCAAACACUUUAUCAUCUAGUGGGUUUAAAAGCCAUCUUAACCUUUCAAUGAAAAGAUUGGAUAGCGUUUGUAAUUGAUUAUUGAAACACUUUUGGGUUGUAGAUUAAAAAUUCUGCCACACAUUUUCACUCGUCUCAUCUCAAUAGUAUCUCAAUCUUUUGGGACCCUUCUUCUUAUCUUCAAAACGUCUUUUCCUGACAGGCUGAUCCAUGUUGUAAGUGGGCAAUGCUGCACAUCAGAGACCUUGACCAACCAGUCUCCGUUGUCUUCACAUCAUUCCUCGCAGAUGCCCACCACCAAGUCCGCAUGCUGGUAGCCAUGUCAUUGGAAAGGUGUGCUCUAGGGGGAGAAAUACACUAACUAGUGAAAAAAAUCAGGGUAAAUCUGAUUGAAGCAGGGAUUUUAUUAAGUGCAUUUCAGAUCUGACUGUCACUGUUGUCCUUCUUUUCAUUCAGGAUGUUUCUAAAGAUGAAACCAGAGCAUCCAGACAAGAGUAAGAUGCUGCCGCUCAAACACCAACAAGCAGCUUUUGAGACUAUUUACCUGAAGGCUCAGGAAGGAAUGAGGCUUCCAGUAAGUUUAGCCAUGUGCUGUCUUAUGCCCCUUUUUCCAUCAAGCCAGGAAAAGGGGUAAUAAGUGUGCUCUUAAUUGUUUAUAUCUUAUUUCACCUUACUUUGUCCUUUUGUGAUCUUCUUCAGAGAAGCAGUUCUUCAGAGUCCCAUCAAGAUGAGACGUUCAACCGCAAAGCUACCCUGCUGAAGAGUUUGUCUGUUGUGCUUUGCUGCAGCCCAGUCUGUGAAAAACAGUGUCUGUUUGCCCUUUUCCAGUCCUACAAGGAGAACAAUAUCGAGGAGCAGCUCAUCAAAAAGGUGACUGUGUUGAAACCUGGAAGCAGUUUGAUUAAACAAUCUGAGACUUUAACUAACUAAGGCUGGGCGAUAAAACAAUAACAUAAUAUAUCAAAAAUUAAUUUCCCUCGAUAAUGAUAUGAAACAUGGUCAAUAUGCUUUUUGAUGGUCGGCAUUCUGUAAUGUUUUGGAAGACUAUAAGAAUAGCCAAUGAAAAGGGGAGUUGCUCCAGGUCUGCACCGCGCUGAUCCAAUCAUGUGCUGAAUUAGAAUCAAGUAGCAAACAACUGCGUAGUAGCAGGCUGCAGCUGCAUGCAACCAUAGCACUUGAAGAAGAAAAAAAAGAGUGCUACCCCCCGGCAAAAAUGCAUACACAAAAGGAUUAGGGCCACAAGAUUCAAAAAAGAAAAAAAUAAUUACAGGAAGAUUUUUUAAAAUUUACAUUAAAAAAAAAGUCGAAACUUUCAACAUUUUUCAUGUCGACUUUAAUGCCGAAAUUUUGACUUUAAUCUUAAAGUUAUUUUUAUUAUUUUAAAAAAUUUUGACAAUAUUCACGACAUUUCAAAAUUCUGUAACACUUUAAUCUCAAAAUGUCAAUUUCUAAUCUCAAAAUUUCGACUGUGACAUAAUUUCAAUUUUUUUUUUUUUUUAAUCUCAAAAUUUGGACUUUAAUCUCUUUCAUGUAAUUACUUUUUUUCUAUUCAUGUGGCCAUAACCCUAUUUCGUAAUAAUCAUUGUCAACAACACUGGCACAGAAACAUCGGUGGUGUGGAGGUAUUUUGUUUUUUUUUAAGGUCGGACAUGAAGCAGAGUAAUGUGCAUUGCAAAUUAUGUCGAGUACAUGUUAAGUUUCAUUUAAGAGUAAUGGGGAACAUUUAAGAUCGACAAAGGAUUCUUUUAUACCGUGAUAAAUAUUGAUAUCAACUGAUAUGAAAAAAACAUAUCGUGAUAAACUUUCCCCCCAAUCGCCCAGCCCUACUUGUGACAUAAUUGAUCGUUGGCAGUGCAGAUUGAAAUGAACCAUUUCUGCUUCUUCACAGAUGUUGUGUGGUAUAUCCACAUCCCUUGGCUACAAAAGUGUGAAAACAUUCGUCAGCUCCCACUUGUACUACUUGGUGGCUGAGUGGCUGGCGCAGAGACAAUCCGACGACCGCUACACUCUUGGGUCUUUUCCUUUCACUCUCUUAGACCACGACACAGUCAACAAUUUUUACAGGCAAAGAAACCCUCUUUUUGUUCUUAUUUAUGAAAUAAUCUCACAAAUACAUGAAAGAAAGAAAGGACUGAUUAUUAUAUCAUCUCUAUUGCCCUGUCCCUGUGUAGCUCUUCAUACCAGGUACUAAUCCCCCACCUGGUCUUCCUGGAUGACUUUGAAGGGGUGAAGUCAAUCGGAAGGUGUCUUGUGAAGGACUGGAAAGAGCUGUUGGCUGAUUGUUUCCCCAAGAUCAUGGUCAACAUCUUGCCUUACUUUGCCCUGCCUGGCCAGGAUCCUCAGGUCGCACAGCAGAGAGAAAAAGCCCACAGAGUCUACGACCUACUUAAAGACCCCAACUGUCUGGGAAAACAGGUGAACUUCUGUCUACAUCUAAGCAUAUAGUUAGACCUGGGGCUUAUAAUUUGAUAUAUAAAACAUCCAAAGUCAAAAGAAAGUCGUAAACAUUCAAAUUGGUUAAAUGAGACUGCUUUUGUAAGGUUUUGAUCAUGUUAUGUAGGAAAACUUUUGAUUGAGGCUUUGUGCACGAUUAUUAAAUAAUAAAAAAGCUGCUGUCAAGCAACCUGGGUCAAGAUGCAGUAUUUUGGUAGUUAGUUUUCAUCGCAAACUGACAUGUCCUUUCUUAUGUUUGUGCAUGUCCGCAGCAAAUCGACAACCUCAUCCACAGUAACCUAGCUGACAUAGUGGUGGAGCUGCUGAUGACCCUGUAUGAGGCGAGCGGAGCUGAAGGGGACAGAGGAGACCUGAAAAACUUUAUCGGGUAAAUGCAGUUGAGAUACACCACUAAGGGCCUAAUUUACUCAGACUCCACAGAAUAAAUACUAAUUUGCAUGUACAUCCCAUCAAAUUGCAUGUUUUGGAGGUAAGAAAAUCUGGGGGUAACAUCAAGUGCAAAGACUGUGUAGGUGGCAGUAUUUAGAUCAGGUUUUGUGUGUUUAAUGCUUGUAUGCCAUGAAAAGUUUGAACAGAGAGAAAAACUGACAGCAGGUGCAAAAUGAAAUUCAGCAACAGAGAUAGAAGUGAGAGAAGAAAAAUAAUCAAAAGCUAAAACUAAGAUAUCAAAUAUUACAAAAAAAGAACAUGUUGUAGAAGUGAAAGCAAAAGCCGUUAGUAGGGGUGGGAGAAAAAAACGAAACAGCGUUGUAUCGUGAUAUUUUGUCUGUUGAUACAUUGUAUCGUCUCAUUUACCAAGUAUCGAUUUUUCAAAUUAAUUGCUAAUAUGAAGUCAAAUUUAUGAUAAUGGGAAAAAUAAAACCAACUGUUUGUCCUGUGAGGUUGGCAGGGGUGACAUCAUAGAGCAAGAGAAAGUUAGUGCAAUAAAUAUGUAAAUAAGGUUUGCGAGAUGUGCUACAUGAAAAUAAAAUACUGUGAAUAAGUAAAUAAGACAAACAAAUGCUAAAUUGGCUAAACAUUUGAAAAAAUUGUAUAAAUCUCAAUAUGUGGUGUCACAAUACUCACUGUAUUGCAAAAUGUUAAAAAUCGCAAUAAUAUCGUAUUGUGGCCCAAGUAUCGUGAUAAUAUCAUAUCGUGGAGCCACUAGUGAUUCCCACCCCUAGCUGUCAGUGACAAAGAGAUCAGAAGAUGAAAUCUAGAAAACCAGAGAAAACUGUCUUGUAAUAAAACCACAGGAACAAAACAAGUCAUCCCUGAAAGAAAAUAGUGUUUGACUGAAAAACUUUUUGAUUCCAUUCAGGGAACUUGACCCAGCUCCGAACCCUCCAUACUUCAGCUCUCAUGUCAUCAAAGCAACACUGGACUAUCUUAGCAAGUGCCACAGUACAAACCACAAGUCUUUGGUCGCCAUUCUGUCAAAAACUCCGGUAAGAGGUUUGAGUCAUCACACUGAUCAACUUCCUGUCACAUCUGUUAUUGAAUGGUUUCUUGUACUAAGUCAUUCAUUUACCUGUGUUCUCUUUGUCCUCUGAAAUCUCCUUUUAUUUUGCCGUAGAGCUCCUUUCAGAAGGUUCUGCUGGCGUUGUGUGAAAAAGCGGUGCAGACAACCAACAGCUAUGAGCGCCACCGCAUCCUCCUCAUGUAUCACCUGUUUGUCAGUCUGCUACUCAAAGAGGUGAAAGACGGCCUGGGAGGAGCUUGGGCUUUUGUCCUUAGAGACGUCAUCUACACACUCAUUCACCAUAUCAACUGCAGGUAGGCGCACCUGUACUUCACACAUUUUCACCACGCUGUAGUCAUCCAGAGUGGGGUCAUUUAUAUCUCUCUCAAACCCCAGACCAGCGCUGUGUGAUGAGGUUUCGAUCAGAAGUGUCUCUCUGUGCUGCAACCUGUUGACCUCUGUGUGUGGGGCCGCGCUGCAGUUCUGUGACGACGCUCUGGACUGCCACCUACAGGUUAUCAUCGGGACUCUCACAACUCAGGUCAAAAGUCAGCCUGCAAUCUCACAGCAGGUAAAAGAGCUAUUUCACAAGUUAGUUGGUUAUGUGUAAAUUAUGUUAGAAUACAGAAAUGCUUCAUAAAUAUAUUUGCAGUAUUUGGUCAUACUUAAACAUUAUUUUACAUCAUUUUAAAAAGUUAACAGUUGUUUAAAUGUAGAAAUUGAUUGGUGACAUAUUAGAUUAUGUCAGUAUACUUCUUAAUAGCAAAUUUCAUCUGCCUGUUUCUAACAUUUGUAACCUAUUCCUUUUUCUUCCAUGUCUUCUUCAGGCACUCAGUCUUUUGCAGUUCCUUGUGAUUGACAAUAAGCAGAAGUUAAAAGAAGCUAUCAAAAGGUUAGAGCCUUUUCCUGACCUCCCUGAAUUCAGAGAGCUGCGGUCUGUGCAGCAUCUACUUAAAUACAACUCUGGGAUCUUUACGCUCCAACAGGUAAUGCUUCAUCUGAAGUCUGAGCAAUAGUGUUAUGUGUUUUCAGGAAUAUUUUUGCAACGGAUAGAUGUAUUUUAUUCCUAAGUGAAUUUAAGGGUGGAUGUGAUUGGUGUAAUGGUUUGGCACAGUAUUCAGUUUGGGACCCCGUUUGGCCUGGUGGUUUAGUGUACCCCUUAAACAGAUGUUAUAGAUCUGGUUUGACCACCAGCCACUCCCUUUGCUGCAUGUCAGAGCUCCACAGUGCGAUUGUUUCACUCAUAUUUGCGACUAAAAAUAGAUGUGUGCGAAUAGUAAAAUGUAUUAAGGGGCACAUGUGCCCACAAAAAUAAAAUCAGCCGAGGCGACAAAUGUUUUUUCAUGUAAUAAAUACCGCUGCAAAGCUAGUUUUAGGUUGGAUAUUCAAUGGACAAAUCUAAAUCUAAAUCUACUCGGCAUCCUCGCUGUCAACAUCAGGUGUUGAAUAAGGGACCAUCAAUAAAUUACUGGUUGAUGUUCUCAAAAAGGCUGUUUUCCUUCAAUAGCUUCCAUCUCAUGCGACCAAUUGACCUAAAAUUGAUUUCAAAUAAUAGUACUAAGGUACAAUAAGAGUACAAUAAGACACACUCUCUAUUUCCCUAAUUUGUCCUCUAAAAAUUUUUGUGUUAAAUUUAAAGGCAAAUUUUGAACAUUUUCUUUAAUAGCUUCCAUGUUAGGUGACCAAAAGACUUAAAAUUGAUUUCAAAUAAUAGUACUUAUAAGACAAACCUUAUUUGAUCAAUUUUCAUUGUGCCCCUAAAGUUCUUUGUGUGCCCCUUACUUUUACCACAGGGAGCACAUAUGCUCCCUGUAAAAAAAUAAAGUUUGUGUCGCCCUGCAUGUUGUACCUCGCUCUCCAGUUCCCUCAUUUCCUGUCUCUCUUCAGCUGUUCAUUUAAAAAAAUAUAUUAAAUUCAUAGCUUUACUGAAUCUUAUACUUCUCUCUAUAACAGGAGAUAUCCCAUUUUCUGUCUGUGACAUCCUCUGACUGCUUACCUCUAACCAGACUGGAAGGUCUGAAAGAGCUGACUAGACAGCUGCAUAACAACAGGGCUCAGAUCCGGGAGCUGCUCAAAGAGUGUCAUGGUGAAAUGCCACAUAAAGAAAAUGCAUGGAGUUUCUAUUUUUUUCAAGUUGUUUUAUGAGUUGAGUUCUUGAUGUUGUCUCUUGUUGUCUUACAUGUAGCUGACCCCACUGGCAGUCUGCUGUCUGAGCUGGUUCUCAGGUUGCUGCAGCUCUGCAAGCAUGCUGCCAACCACCCGGGUGGAGUCGAGAUUCUUGGUAUAUGAUCAUACAGCUCCUUUUCGAUGUAUGGACUGCUUCAUGUUUUCAUUUUAACAAACAAACAUAUUCUCUCACAGAGGCAGCAGGCAGUUGUUUAGGCGAACUGGGCCCUGUUGAUUUCUCCACCAUCGCCUUGUUCCAUGGAAGUGACCCCCUCUAUGAAAAGGCUGCGUCUCUUUUCACCUCCACUGAGUCACAGUGUCUCUACAUUGUUCUCAACUGCAUGGAUGAUGCUCUGACCCAACAGCGGUAAGGCAACUCAAGUUGUAGAGUUUAAUGACAAUUUAGGCGUGAGAAGUUCGCAUUAAUCAUUUUAAUGUGUUUUGCUGUUUUUCUCAGUAUUGAGGAGAAACAGGCAGCUACUCAAUGUGUGAAGAACAUCCUCGCCACUCAGUCUGGACUUGACUUCUGGGAUGAAUACAAAAACAAUGGAGACCCCAUGUUAGCCUACCUCAAUCCUUUCAGAAAGGCCAAAAAGAAGGUAGCUUCAAAAUGCUGUUAAAUGUCUGCACCACUGGGUCCACGCUCUUCUUACUGACUGUUGUUCAUGAAUAGGUGGCAGCUGUGUCAGCCAAGGAGAGUUCAGAUGCCAUGGAGAAGCUGGAGUGUCAGGAGUUUUGGAUACCCCAGGCAGGUGGUCACAAAGCGUGGUUAAAGGCUUUGUGCAGAGCCCUGCUUGACAGCGGAGGGGUCAAGGGUGAAGUUCUUCUGCUCUCACAACCCCUGUGUGAAGUGAGUGAUCUAAGGUUGCCUCAAGAAACAUUCUUAGAUUGAUCAUCUCAUCAGUGCUUCGCUUUGAUCCAUUUUCACUUGAGUUUAUCUAAUUAGAGCAGCGAUCAUUAAUCAACAUGUAGCAGCAUGCAUCAGUGUGAAAUGUGCUAGAUUUAACAAAAUUGCCACAUUUCAUUUUUAGUCAUAUUUAUAUUGAGUAGAAAACAAGUAACACAAUUCUAAAGCAUCUCACAAGACAGUUCACCUAAGGAUAGUCGAUAUGGGCUAAAAGAUUUAUAACAACAAGUUUUACCACCCUGGUGAUAACGAUAAAAGUCCUGAUAAAAAAUAUUAUAAUUCCAAUCCAUGUUUUUGACUCAUUCUGUCUUGAAAAACCCACAGUCAUUGUUCUUGGAUGGCACUUACCAGUAAAUAUAUAUUUAGAUAAAAUACUUAACCAUAAGUUUAAGUGGUAGGUUAUUGAGAAAAAUAGUGACAUCAGUUAAGUCUGAAAUGUGAAAAUAAACACCCUGAUUUGAGCUGAUGAUCUGCACCAGGAUUUUUGUUCCUUUGUAAAACAUAGUCUUCCUUUUAAAACCUUAAAAACAUGACAAAUACGAGCAAAAAGUUUGAAAACUGUCCAUGUUUGAAAUAUUCUAUGUGCAAUUGAGAUUGCAAUAAUGGAAAUUUAGAAGUUUCUUUUCUGAAAUUUUUACCAUACUCUUGAAGAGAGACUUGAUGGAUUGAAGAAUUAGGUCCUCCAAUUUCAUCCUCCAAUCUAGAUUUAACUUCAACCAAUUUCCUCCAUCUGUUCCAGGUGAGGGUGGACUGCUGUCAGAGGCUGCUGCCCCUCAUCAUUCACUCCAUCCUUCUGGAUGACUCGAAUGGGUCAUGGAGGGAGCUGCUCUCUUCCCAUAUUCAGCAGUUCUUCAGCUUUUGUUCCAGAAAUGCUCAUGUCUCCAGUCGGCCUGCCACGCCUUUUAUAUCUAAUUCUGGUAAGUUGUUAAGCAUGAUGCAUGCUAAACAAUCCUGUGUACUAGUUGCACCGAAAGGUGGUCACAGAGAGUUUUUUUGGGGUGGCCCAGAGGAAAAGUUUAAGCUGUCCUCCAAUGUAAAAAGUUCAAUUUCUACAACAUGUAAUUUCUACGUAACUGAAGUUCUUUCUCUUACAGUUUGCUUUUACUGUCCUGGUACUGAUAUUUGUAGCUGUGAAAUAUGGAAAAACAAGCUCAUACCACUCUGCUUGUCUUUGUCGGCUCAAAUUGAGGAGUUUUUUCAAACCAUAACAAACCAGUUAGAUAUUGUAGCAACUGCUUUCCUUCCACAAAAGGCCGCUUGGAGUUUUAAGUGUGCUUGCAUCUGUCACUCCUUCAUCCCUUCCAUUAUUCAAAAAGGAGAGAAUACUCACUGCCCAAUACUGAUUCACUUCCAAAAUUUUGCCUUCAAAUGAAAGGUGAUAUGAUGGAAUGAGGGUGUGAGUAAAAACGGUCAACAGAAAAUGAUCAGAGCUCACUCAAAACCAUUGUCUCUGACUAGACCAGUGUUUCGAAAUAAAAACCUAAAACACCACAAAACCACACCCCUAAGUGUUGAUCCCAGAAGCAACAUACUUAUUAGAAAUAUCAAAACCUCAACAGAUAUAUUUUGGCUCCUACAGAUAUUUUUACCAGAUAUUUUUCUCUCAAUGUCUAUUUAUGUGCUGAGAUGGUAGAAAAGCUGUUAUGAAGUGGUGCUCGAGACAUGCCUUUGUAUCAAGCAUGCUUUGGCACCAUCAAUCAUAACACCUCUCAGCAUAUACUGGUUACAGUAUAAUGGUCACAGUGGUGUGCAGGAUAUUUUUACCAAACAGUAUUUCACUGUUUUCUCUCAAUGUCUAUUUAUGUCACAGCUUUAAUUGUGCGUUUUUUCAGUGAAAGAAAACUGUUAUGUGACAAGUUUUUAUAUUCUUUACAGAGUCAGACAGUACCAGCCACCACUUGUAUGACAAAACCUCUCUGCACACCAUGCUUGCUGUUAUUGACUUUUUGAGACACCAACAGAGGGACAUUAAUGCUGACAGGUUUGCUGUUUCAUUUAACUGUUUGGGAAGUGUGCAUUUUUGGUUUGGCUUCCUAUUUGAAUGUGAGUGUGUUCAUUCAUCUUGACUUAAACAAUGCAUGUGGAAGAAACUCUCUGCCCUCUUCCAGCAGCUCCGGCGGCACAGUCUGUGAUUCAAACUUCUGGCUGGAGCUGAACUACCUAGAGGUCGCGAAAGCCGCUCAGUCCUGCUCAGCCCAUUUCACUGCUCUGCUGUACACUGAGAUCUACGUUGAUAAGAUCAAAGCUGAUAUGGAGGAAAGCCGCAGGUAUGCAGAGAGUUGCAAGAUUUCAUGGUUAAAUUUUCUUUAUCGAGGAAAUCAAAAACAUAAUUCAGUACAUGUAAUGACCAAAUCUGCAGAACCAAGUCCAGGGCAACAUGCAGGAUCAGGUUUGAAGAGGAUAGCCAGAAUUUCACCAUCUCAAGUUUGACUGGGAAGAGUAUGGAGGACACCAAAAUCAGUCUGCAGGUCAGUCUCUGUCAUGCAUUAUUUUGCCUUUGAACUUUGUAUCUAGAUCUAGCUGCAUGAACAAGAAUUAGCACAUGGAUUUGAGUUUUUUUUUGUUUUUGUUUAAGUGCUUAUUCUCCACAAUAAUCAAAAUACAAUUUAGCAUAAUUCUGCCUUGUUAGAGCCGGAUAUCUAACAAUGAGCUGAGGGGAAAACUAGUUGGGAGGAGUAGUGUUUACAUUCAAGAUUUCUCCCAAAAAUGGUCACUUCCUCAAAUCCUGCCUACCCCACCUUUAAAUUAAGUCCACAAAUUCAAGAGUUAAAAUAGUAUAUUUACAAAUUGGUUUGUGAUUUAUGAAAGAUUAACAAACAACACAAUGUCUGACACAACCUGAUUUUUCCUCCUGUAGGAACUUCUGAUUGAGGUGUAUCGCAGCAUUGGAGAGCCUGACAGUCUGUACGGCUGUGGGGGGGAGACGAUGACUAGUCCAUUAACUAGGUAAUCAAUUUUUCUGAUUACCGCUGUCAAACAUCAUGUUCAUUGCAACGUGAUUGCUCUUUCCCUGCUGUGGUCAGUUAUUAUUCGACAUUCAAACUUUUUUGUCCCAUUAAUCUGCAGGAUACGAACAUAUGAGCAUGAGGCCAUGUGGGGGAAAGCUUUGACAUCCUACGAUCUCUACUGCUCACUGCCGGAUGAUGUGCGACAAGUGGGAAUUGUGGAGGUAAAUGACAAGGCUGCUGCGCCUAUUGAUUAAAAAAAACACCUAUUUGUUUAAACCACGGAGAAGAGUUUUGUUUACUUUCUGAGACUUUACAGCCUUUUCACAUGUCCUUCUGUCACACCCACAGAGCCUGCAGAACUUUGGUCUGAGCAGCAUCCUCACCACCUACAUGAGAGGUCUGGAGAGCGAAGGGGUUGAGUGGGGAGCUGGGCUGAGAGAGCUGCGCUUUCAGGCUGCCUGGAGGAACAUGCAGUGGGAUUGUGAGCUGUCAGAGAGGUGAGGCAAAGCUGAGUGGUCAGUGUGUGAUACAGAAACCACAAAUGUGUCAUCACAUCUGUGAUUUUUAAGGAAUCUCUCGACACAUACCACUUUUUUUCCCUCCUCAAAGUUGUAUUUGUUGUUUCAGGAGUGAUAGCUCCAAACCAGGCUUCCAUGAAUCAGUGUUUUGUUCUCUGCAAGCACUGAGGGACAAAGAGUUCUCAAUAUUUGAUGAAACUAUGAAGCAGGCCAGGUAUAGUAGACAAUAAGAUACUUAAGUUUAAAUUUCAGUCUAAUUCUGCAUCAGCAAAUGAAGCAUCCGUAUCUGUACUUGCAUGUUUCCAUAGGGUUGCACAGGUGGAGGAACUGUGCAGAGGAAGCCUGGAAGCUGUUUCAUCUCUGUACCCCGCUCUCAGGAACCUCCAGAGCAUCAGGGAGCUGGAGAGUGUAAAACAGCUUUUUACCAGGUGAUAACAGCGCAGUCACAGUUAUAGUCAUUGUCUUAGGAAAGAGUCUUAAGGACUCACUGAAUUUUAAAGGCAGUAAAGUGUCGUUCUCUGUAAUCCUUUAUUAAAUGUUAUGUAUACUCUUUACACCAGGCCCUUUUCAGAUGUAACUUUGAGCGAGGUUUGCAGCCAGUGGCAGCAGCACUCAAAGCUGCUUCUUGACAGUGACUUCUCUCUGGUUGAACCCAUUCUUGCCACCCGCUCUGUUGCCCAGCAUACCCUAAUGUGCAGGGUCGGUGACCUGGACGGCACUAAGCACCUCAGCUCUUUGCUCUUCAACCACCUCAUGGAACUCUGCCAGCUUGCUCGCAAGGCUGGGAAUACACAGGUACUGCAAAUGUGUGUGUGUGUGUGAGUGUGUGUGUGUGUGGUCCAAUAAUGAGCAGUGCUUAUUUAAAUGGUCAGAAAUUAUGAGGUUCUCACAGAUUCAAGAUUUCUGUCUAGAUGGCAGAGCGUGCAGUCUUCCAAAUGAAGCAGCAAGGUACUGGAGGGUCUUUGUUGUCGUCCUUUGGGUUGUCAUCGCAACUGGAGGAAGCCCAGGUGUUCUGGGCAAAGGGGGAGCAAGGACUGGCAAUGGGCUUGUUGAGACAGAUGAUACACAACCUAGAGGACAAGGUAAGGCACAAACACACGACUUGUACCAAAUGACUCUUGAGGUUAUUGUGUAUAAUAGGAUAAAAUAAUCAUGUAUAACAUGAUGUCCAAUUCUUUUUUUGUUCACUGUGUAGAGCUGUUUUAGUUUUUCAUAGCUGUUUCUCACAUUUUUUCACUUUUUGUAAAUAACAUUUUUUGUAUAAGUGUGAAAUAUCAACUAACUAUCUGCGCGCAUGAUGAGCGUACUUUUUCUUCUGUGUUUGUUAUACUAAUCCUUUGCUGCUGUUAACACUGCCAAUUUCCCCACUGAAGGAUGAAUGAAGGCUUAUCUUAUCUUAUCUGAAAUUAACUGAACCUAACUUAACUGAACUAAACUUGAUUUAUGUGAACUCACACUUACACUUAGAAUUAACUGGUCACCAGAAAUUUUGAGACAGCUGCCUUUACACGCAUGUGAACUUAGAUGCCAUCCCGAUUUUAAUCAGUAGGAUUUAUUAUGGAAUUGGGGAACCUAUAGGGAAUCUAUGUACCCAAAACUUAUAGUUAAAAUGCCAUAAUUUUCUAAACAUCAUCAUCUUCCUCAUUAUUCAUCUCAUCCCCCAAAAUAAAUACAGUCCAACAAGUAAGGGUUUUCACUUUUUUUACAGAUGGACAUGAAUCCUGCCCUGGUCCCGGUCUACACAGCGUGCCUUAGGUUGUGUGGUAACUGGCUUGCGGAGACCUGUCUGGAAAGCCCUGGUGUAAUUCUGGAGAAAUACCUUGAGAGGGUAGGAGGAAGUUAAGAGAUUGUUGGCUAGUUUUCAAGUUAUUUAUCAAGCCUAUUUGUGGGCGAAGUUAUUUUAGCAGAUUCAUGCAAAAUAUAACAAAGUUUAAGAAAUAAGUCUGUGGAGUGGUGGGUGGUCAGGGAAUUAAUCCUGGGUCCAUGCUGAAGUGCAAGACACUUCAUUGUCUAUCUAUGAAUUGACACAUUUAGAGUAGUCCCAACAACAUAUAUAUCAAGCUCUAAAAGCAGAUGCCUAUGUUAAUUGUAAGACCUGUAUACGUUAACAGAGUAUGUGUUGUUUUGUAGUUUCUUAAAGUAUCAUGAACUUUGUAAGUGUAUUUCUCAGAACUAGAUCUCUGCUUUGCUUUCAGUGUUAUUUUGACUCAAACAUCCUUCAGUUCUGUCAUUUGUUGGCUUUAAGAUACACCACAGUCCUGUUUGUGUUGUUCUCUCAGGCAGUGGAAGUGAUUGAGGGAGAGUCAGGAGACUCAAGACUGGAAGCUCAGCGGACAGAGGCCUUCCUGUCUUUGGCACGCUUCUCUGAUGCUCAGUACCAGAGCAUUGACAAAUACAUGAACUCCUCCGAGUUUGAGAACAAGCAGGCACUGCUGGAGAAGGCCAAAGAAGAAAUGGACUUGAUAAGAGAGCGUAAAGUGACAUCCAACAGGUCUGCACUCUUUUAAUAAGUUUUCUUUUUCUACAUUCCUGACUUUAGAGUCGGGAAUUAGCCCCUAUAAAAAGAGUACAAAAAUAAUUGAAGUGAUGAAAUAAAAGAAACCUCUAUAUCUCCUCACAGGUACACAAUAAAGGUGCAGAGAGAGCUAGAGUUGGAUGAGAAGGCCUUAUCCAACCUGCAGGCAGACAGGCAGCGUUUCCUGUGUAAGGCAGUAAAGAAUUAUAUCCAGUGUCUGGAGCAAGGUGAGGAGCACGACACCUGGGUGUUCCGCCUGGCUUCACUUUGGCUGGAGAACGCUGAUGUUGAGGACAUAAACGUCAUGAUGAAGGUGACUGAAGUUGCACAUGAUGGUGCUUAUUUAUUUUUAAGUUUGAGAUAAAAGUCAAUUUUAAGUUGAUUUCAAUGCAGUUAGAUUUCAUCUCAUUUUGUGUUUUUUAUUUUUUUAGAAAGGGGUGAAGCAAAUACCGUCCUUCAAGUUCCUACCGCUCAUGUAUCAGCUGGCCGCUCGCAUGGGAACUAAGAUGACAUCUGGCGUCACGGAGGAAACAAGCUUCCAUGAAGUCCUCAGUGAAGUACUAAGAAAAACUUUGAAAUAAGAAAUCUGUAAAAAUUAAUGUCAUGCAGCUUUUCACAACUGGCGUCUCUUGGUCAGUUUUUGUACGGAGAAAUCGAUCCAAUAAGCUUGACUUUAUUCACAAAAAGUUCAGGAGUGAUUACAUCAAUGCAUUUUUCAGAGCUUGUGCGACAAUUGUGUCUGUCCUUCCAGCUGAUCUGCAGAACAUCUCUGGAGCACCCCCACCACACGCUCUUCAUCAUCUUUGCCCUGAUCAAUGCCAACAAAGAUGAAAACUUUUGCAAAUCCCGGCUGUCGAAGAACUCAUCAGGACAGCGUUCCCAAUUUGACCUGGUCAGACUGAUCUGUAAAGUUUUUGUGAAAUUUUAAUUUUUAACGUAUAUAUUAUUGAGAUUGAUAUAUAUAUAUACUGUAUUUCAGACCUUGUGUUGAUAUGGAAAGGCAGAUACGUAUACGGCCAAUGAACAAACAACAAAUACUUCUUAAUGUUGCAAAACACAAGUACCCCUGAGUUGUGUAGUUCUGACCCAAAAACUGAGGUUUGAUUUUUAGGCUAAGGGCUGCGUACAUUUGAUAUCUGAUAAUUAAUCAUUUUUCUGUGGUGAAGAGGGUACAGCAAAGGAGGAGAAGUGAAUCCAUCUUUGACUUUUUUAAGCAUAAUCCGGUGUGAGUUGCUGUUUUUUUGUUUGUGUUUGUUUGUGCAGGAGCGUUCAGAUGUGGCCCAAAAAAUUAUUCAAAAGAUCAAGAAAGAGAGAAAAGAGAUGAUCAGGGGGAUUGAACGUCUGUGCGACGCCUACAUCACUCUGGCUUACAUGGAUGCGAGCAAGCACAAGACGGAGAAGCGUGAGUCCAGCUAGACUCAGUGAUGAAUAUUAACAGUUUCAUUUCACAGAUUUAAAUACGAUUUAUCUUUGAGGUUACAUUAUUAGAAUUUCAAAACUCAUUCAUAGUCCUAACAGCCACUCACCUGGUAAAUAAACACCUUUCUGUCAUUAGUUAGCUUGACAGUCAUCCUUUUGUGUCUUUGUGUCAUAAACAGGGGCAAUUCCCAUCCCUGCUGACCAGCCCAUCAUGAAAAUCAAAGACCUCGAUGAAGUUGUUAUCCCCACAAUGGAGAUAAAGGUGAACAUUGAUUGAACUUCCCUUAUUGCUGUGUGUUAGUUAGACGUGAUUAGAUCCCAAUGGAGAGAUGAAUGUAUUAUUCAUUAAUUUCAGUUUUUCGUUUUUGUUUUUUGACUUAAAAGAAUCAUAGGUUUGUUUCUCUGGAAAUGAAUUUCAACAAAAAUCGUUUUUAUGUCUUCAUUUUUAAUGCCAAAACCACAUAGAUCUAAACUUUACGCCAGUUGUUUGGAAGGCUGGCCAUUUUUAUUAAAAUAAGAUAAAUUAAUAAACAAGUCUAAAAGAACUAAAACAAGUUUUCCUGCAUCAACAAAUCAUUGAGCACUCAUAGCAGUGCAGUCUUCAUGCGGUGCUUUGCCCUAAACUCAGACUGAAAUUCACCAUAAAGCUCAUUUUUGUUUUAAAAAAGUGUUUUUCUUUUUUUUAGAAGUGUUAGAAAAGGAAGUUUGAAAAUUUUCAGGGAGUUUGUGUCGAGUGAGGAAUUUUUAGGAGCGCUUGAAUUAUUGCUUUUUUCGUAUCAGUAGGAGCAGAACCAGUUGAUAGUGAUGUGUUUAUUAUGGUGAAGAUAUAUGAGCUGAUUGGAUCUUUAAGAGAUGUUACUAGCAAGAUGUCAAGAGCACAGUGAAGAGACUUUUAUUUUGUUAAUCUUUUUUGUGUGGAUAUCAGUUAAAACACUGUCAUAGCACAAAAAAAUGGUUUUAAGAGAAACACUUUAAUCUUGGGUAGGAGUGAUAAUAUGUUGAUUAUUUUGGUGUUGUCCCACAUGAAAUAUUGGAGUCUGUUUGACACGUUUGUUUUAAAUUUCUUUUUUGUUGUGUACGAAGGUGGAUCCAUCUGGUUGCUAUGACAACCUUGUGACUAUCAAAUCCUUCCAACCCCACUAUCACCUUGCCGGAGGAGUUAACCUGCCUAAGAUCAUAGACUGUGUCGGCUCAGACGGCAAGAGCAGGAGACAGCUAGUGAAGGUGGGUGUUUUUGUUUGUGUUACAAGUUUGUCUUCGAUACUUUGAGUUUGUGAGCUUGACUUUAUUUCACAAACAAAGACUUUUUUUUUUUCUCCGCUGCCUCUCACCUGAACAAUAGCCCUCUCUUUGAUGUGGAGCAUGGCAUGCGUAUUUCAACUCUGAGCAGCUUAAGGUCUUUUCACUCCAAUGUGACUCUUGCUAAUGAUUAAUCUUAUUGUUGUAUCAGGACAAAUACAGAGAUUUUUGUUUAGAUUACAAGACAUCCUUCACAAGACUGUGCGUGUGUUUUUGUGUACACAAGAACACUUUUGAGACUAUUGAAAGCUAAUCAUUAAACUUUUUGACACUUCAAAGAGUCACGGUGAGAAAUCAAGAAAGCUUUUAAAGACCAGUACAUCAGCUGAGUUUAGACUAAGCUUGAGUGUGUGUGGCGUAUGUUUAAAAAUGAAGGAUCAGAUCUAAUGGAGGAUUUAAAUGAGAGCGAACAAGAUAUCUAACAUCACUGCCAUUGUGUUUUAAAUGCUCUCCUAUGGCUCUCCUGUGUUAAAAUGGUUAUACGGAUUCUAUAAUUUCUAUGUUAAAUUUGUAAAAGACAAUAUAUAACUUAGUUGAGGAAUAAGCUUCUCCAUAUUCUCUGGUUGCUAUUCUUUCUUUCAUUUUGUUGUUUUUUUCACUUUUUCCUCUAAAUAAACGGUAGGGUCAGGAUGACUUGCGGCAGGACGCGGUCAUGCAGCAGGUCUUCAGCAUGUGUUCCAUGUUGCUGCAGCGCAACACAGACACUCGCAAGAGGAAGCUCAACAUCAGACGAUACAAGGCAAGACACAUUGACUAACUAUGCAUCUGUUGCUUUAACGGAUCUCUGUCAAUAAAAGCUUUUCUUUAUGGUUUGAAGAGAAUAAUAAAUCAAGAAUAGGUUGGUUUCUCAUUUAAUCUUUGUGUAUUUGACUUUGAAUUACCGGCAAAUUAUCAUCCUCGUCAAAGUUUUUAAAAUAAAAAGCACUAAAUCUUGAAUCACUGCUUUUAACCAACUAUUUUCAUCACUCCAGGUGGUGCCAUUCUCACAGCGUAGCGGCGUGUUAGAGUGGUGCUCAGGUACGCUGCCUAUUGGGCAGUUUCUGGUGGAUCAAAAUAAAGGAGCACACAAAAGGUUCAGACCACAAGACUGGACUCCCCUCGCCUGCCGCAAGAAGAUGAUGGUAACUGUCUUUUUAUUUUGAGCUGGUUUGAUCAGAUGGUCCUCGCUGCACAACUACAGAGCCAGAUAUUGCAACAACUAAAACCUUGUCUUGUAAAUCAACUGCCAUGCUGCUUUUACAGGAAGCCCAAAGACUUGGAUUUGAUGAUAAGCUCCACGCCUACCAUGUGGUAUGCAAGAACUUCAGGCCGGUCUUCAGGUAUUUCUGUAUGGAACGCUUCCUGGACCCUGCAGUGUGGAUGGAGAAACGUCUGGCUUACACUCGCAGUGUGGCCACCUCCUCUAUAGGUACAGACAGGUGCAUGUUUACCCCAGAUCCUUGGUGUGAACACAGAGCAGUAUAUAACAGUUGUACGCUAAUUCUUAAAGUCAGUUUCAAAUUUAAAAAAAGGGUUUUUGGUAGUUAAGUGUGUGGUUGGUUGAAAAAAGAGGAUGCAGAACCGCUAAACUGAGAAAAGUUUAAUUUUGUGUUUCUAGUGCAAGUCUAAAGUUUAUGUUGAUUAUGUGCAAGGUCCUCGAUGAGCGAUUUAAUUAUUCAUCUGAAGCAGUUAUGAAGAGCAUGCCAUUUCAUUAAAUCAUAAAAGAACAAAGGGAUAUUAAAUCUGACAUGAUUUAGAGACUGCAAAGGAAGAUGGCUAACUUUUCUGAUGUUUUUUUUUGUCUGCAGUCGGUUACAUCGUGGGCCUGGGCGACAGACACAUCCAGAAUAUUCUGAUUGAUGAGCAGACAGCAGAGCUGGUGCAUAUUGAUUUAGGUAAAAUCAAAUUUAAGAUAUGUCCUCAUCACUAAAGAAAUAAUGAAAAGUCCUCAUCACUAAAGAAACCCUGGAGUUGAGCUUUUGUAAAUCUAGUAAACGAGAUGAAUUAAAAAGGGUUCAUUGGCUCUUAGUACACUACCAAACCUAUCUGCGGGCUUUCCAAAUCAGUCUUUCUAUCUUCACAGUGCUUUAAGUCAGUCUGCUAAUGUCCUGUUUGAAUAUGAUACAAGUAUCCACUCAUGUCAUCAUACGAUGCAGCUUGUGUAAUUGGCAGUAUGUUUUGUUUUCUUUGCAUGCUUUUGAUGAUCAGGUGUGGCUUUUGAGCAGGGGAAGAUCCUCCCCACCCCUGAGACCGUCCCCUUCAGACUGUCCAGAGACAUUGUGGAUGGAAUGGGCAUCACAGGAGUGGAGGGAGUUUUUAGGAGGUGCAGAAAGGUCCUAGUUUCUGGGAAAAUUUGAACAACUUUUUUACCUCUGAUCUAUUUAAACACAAUCAUGGUAACAAAAUAAUGCAAGAAUAGUAUAUAUAUACUUAAUAACUCCUGAAAAUGUGACAAAACAUGCCACUUAUUCAAAGACUGAACUCUUUAUUUCAUUUUCAUUACAACAAUUUAAAAAUCAACCUCAGGAAGAAGUUUUUAAAGCAUCUCAUUUUGUAUUCUCUUUGUAAAACAAACAAAUUCAAGUACGACUGACAGUCAUCAUCUGUGUAAUGUGUAAAAACACACAUUAUACAUGAAGUUGUGGAUUUUUUUAGCUUUUUCGUUGCUUUAGUUGUUAAAUUCAGACUCUUUGUUUGGGGUCAGAUGUUGUGAGAAGACCAUGGAGGUGAUGAGAAAUUCUCAGGAAGCUCUGCUGACGAUUGUCGAGGUAAGAACAUUAAUAGCGGCCCACAAACAACAAACAGCCCUGUAAAUAUCCAGCCUCAUGUCAUUCAUUUGUAUUUGUUUUAAUGUAGGUGCUGCUGUAUGACCCGUUAUUUGACUGGACCAUGAAUCCUCUAAAGGCCUUCUGCCUCCAACGUGAUGAACAGCCUGAGCUCAACGCAACACUCAGCUCCACUCUGGGGGGUGAAGACAUGAACAACCUCCGUAAAUCCAGGUAUGUGUGUGUCUAGUAUGUUUACGUGACGGUUUUUCUCUUUUACACUUCUGCCUCCUGACCAUAUACUUGUCAUUCAGCAGUGACAGUCAGAGCUUCAAUAAGGUGGCGGAGCGGGUGCUGCUGAGGUUGCAAGAGAAGCUGAAAGGGGUGGAGGAGGGCACAGUGCUCAGUUAUGGGGGGCAAGUCAACCUGCUAAUUCAACAAGCAAUGGACCCCAAAAACCUAAGCAGACUCUUUCCAGGGUGGCAGGCUUGGGUGUAGACCUGGGAGAAGGUACACUAAAGGCAACAGAGUCAUUGACGACUGUUAUAUUUCCAUUAUCCGUCUGGCCUGAAAAUCAGUCCAUUUUCAGGCCCUCAUCUCUACCUGCUACAGAAAUCUAUUUCUACUCAAACUGUUAAGAAGUGUUGAAUAAAUACAAUGGUUAAACUUCUAUCUUCUAUUAUCAUCACAGUAGUUUCACACAUAUACAACAAUGUUACAGGCACUAUCUAAAAAUCCACAGGUCCAAAGCAAAUAUUAAUUUUAUAUUAUUUAAAUUUCUGCUGCUUUGCAUUUCAACCUUAAAUGAAGUUAUCUUAACAAAUGCAUUGAACGGUUCUUCCACAAUGUAACAGGGAACUGUGAGUGUGUUUAAAGAUACCAUAAACUGUGAUGGCCAAGGAUGUCGGAGGACAUGUUUACAUGUAAAGUCAAGAUGGUCUUUUGUCUGAAACUUAUUCGUGUGAAUGUUUUUUUGUUUUUGGCUGUUUUAUUAAAUGACAAUGGCAAUGAAUAAAGCGCAUUACCAAUAAUAUGUGCCUAUAAGUAAAAAAAAAAAAGGUAAAUUCGCAUUUACAAGCUGUUUGUUUUGGUUUAUUUGUUUAAAAAAAAAAAUCACACCAUGCUGUAGGAGUGCCUUUAAAGCUUUUACAAACAAAGAACAUGUACAAAUUCCAAGGAAGAGUAAACCAUUCACAUGAAACAAAAGAAAGUCUGCCCUGUUUAUAAAUGAAUGAGAGAAAUAUGUCAUUAACUUUAAUAUGCUUCCAUAGAUUUCAACUAUUAAACAGCACUUUUGUUUGAACUAUGCUGGUUGUCUUUUUUUCUGCUUUCCUGUUCUGUCUAGUUUCAGUAAUUCCUCAGUUGGCAAACUAAACUGAUUAAGUGUUUUUUUUGUUGUUGUUGAAUGUAACUGCGCUCAUGGCAUCUUAUACAAAAUGGCUCAAGUAUUGAAGAUUAAUAUGUUUGCUUUUAUACAGUCUAUGCAGUGUCGCGCCUUUCUUUUUCGUACUGACUGUGACGAUUCUCAGUCCCUCGCUACACUCACAGAUAAAAAGAAAGUUGGGUGUUUAUACAAGAUAACAUUCCCUUUUGUACUUUCCGUGUACCGAGGAGAGAAACUUGAAACCAAUGCCAAUCAAGCAUGAGGGGUGGCUGCACUUAGAUUAUACAAACCCUUUGUGUCAUCACGGGUUAGUGUGAAUUUCGAGGACAGAGCCGGGAAACGUGAAAGGUGAGACUGUAGACUUGAGGGAUCUAGGUGGUAAAUUGAAUCGACGGUGACAGUUGUGCUCAGAUCUCUGACCUAUUUUUGAGAUUGAUGCCCGAGUCCUCACAGGAAGGCAGUUUUUCCACAACAAUUUCAGAAAUCCAUUUACUCAACAGAAAAUGGCCACCAAUCCAGUAAGUUACUUUUCUAUUUUAUUUUCAUGACCUUUACCUUAAUACGAUUGAAAGUAUUGUUUAUUCAGGACAUGUCAUAAAAGUGAAAUAUAGUUUAGUAUAACGUCAAUGAUUCUAAAUUUUAAAACUUCAGAAUAAUCAUUUUAUGUAGAAAUAUAUUACAAUCACUCAAAGUUGGCAUUUU